AUGAUUUUAAAAAAAGUGUAUAUACUAAUCAUUUUAAUAUUAUUAAGUAUAUUAUCCAGAACUGUAGAUUCAGGGUGAUCCAAACAAUUACAUAUAAAAUUACCAGAUGAAGAUGAUGAUUAUCUAGCUAAAUUAAUAGGAGUUUUUAAUGAUAUAUGUACAUAUUCCAUAAAUAAUAAAGAAAAGAUCGCCAAGAUAUUAAGCACAUCAGCAGUGUCUGUGUAUACCAUUACUUCUCUAUACAAUUCAGGUAUUACAUUUAAAAAAAAUCCACACUAUUCUUUCUUUUUACCAUCACAAAAAUAUAUUCUAAAAAUAAUUAAUAAUAAUGUUAACAUUCAAAAUAAUGAUAUCAAAAAAAUAGAUAACCUUAAAGAUAUACCAAUAUUUGAACGAACCUUUACUAAUAAACAUAAUAUUCAAAUGAGUAAAACAUACAUAUUAAACAAUUUUAUCAACUUUAUUAAUUUCUUACCAUACAAAUUAAAAAAGGAAUCAUUAUAUAACUUUUCAAAAUAUAAAGAAUUUGAUGGCUUAAAAUAUGUAGAAAAUCCAUUUACUCAAGUACAAGUAUUAAAUCAUGAAGAUAAUAUAAUUGUAUAUCAAGCAAAAACGAAAAAACAUUAUUGGAUACAUUUACCUUUUAAAUAUAAUAUAAUAAAAAUAAGUGAUGAUAACACAACAUCCUACAUAUUAAUGUUUAUACCAUUAUAUAAAUAUUACUCUAACUAUAUUAUCCAAAUGAAAAUAACAAGUAAUAAUAACAAUCAAAAUGUUACUUUUAGUUCAUGUAUUAAACAAGAAAAAACGGAACAUAUACAAAAUAACUCUUUUCAUUAUGAUAUAAUAAAAAAUAUUUCAAAACAUAUAACGUAUGAUAUUAUUAAUGCAAUCGAUAAUAAUAUUAAUAUUCUUUAUAUGAGAAAUGUGAAACCAGGAAAGUAUAAUUUUAUUAACACAACAAAUGCUUUACAAAAAAAAACCAAGAAUUAUAAAAAAAAAAAAUUUACUCUUCCUUCUUUUAAAUCGUUACCUUUUAAAUUUAAAAGGACAUAA